AUGGAAAAUGACAAUGAAUAUGAACAAUUAAAUCAUUUGUACGACGAAUGUUUGGGAUAUCUUUCUAAAGUAAAUGAAGCAAUUAAUGAGGAAAGAAUAAGUGAAUUUGAUAUACUCGGCUACACAACAGUGACAGGAAAUGAUUCUGGUAAAGAUCAGUUGGAUUUCCGACAUGAAAUUAUCACGGAUGUGAUUCAAGAAGAACCUAGUUUAGAAAUAUAUGGUGAUGAAAAUGAAGAUGAUUAUGAUUGUGUUGUAGAAUUAAAAGAUGAAUCUGUCGUAAAAUUAACAGAUAAAUUGCCCGGAAAUAAAUGUGAUGAUGAAUAUUUAGAGAAGGAUAAUGAUGAGCCUCUAUAUGCUACUGUAAAAAAAGGAAAUGACGAGGUAAUUAUCGAUGAUCCUAUUGAUGGUACUAAUAAUAUCGACCCUGGAUAUGAGACUAUCAAAUCAAACAAACGAAUCAACGAAAACAAAGCAAUAGAUGACGCAAACAUUAAAUUUAACAUUGAAAAUGAAGUAUUGGGCAGUACGGUAUCCUUGCCUGGGGAUAUUAAAUCUGAAAGACUUAGAAGACUUUCACAGCAGUUACCGAAAAUAAUAAUUACACAAAGUAAUGCCAGUUUAAGUAAGCCCUCCGAUGACGUAACAAUUAACCUUCGGAAUGAGGUGCCCAGGGAGAAAGUGAAGCCAACUUCAAACAGAUCUUGUAGAAGACCACCAUUGCACAGAGGCUAUGCAGCGGAUUACCCCAAACGACUGGUGUCCAAACGCGGGAUGGAGAACGUGGCACUGAUAUCCAAUGUUCCAUUUGAGAGGAUUCGACUAUUGAAUGAUACUUUCCACACUCUGAUUAAUCUAAGAUGGCGCUGGAUAGUAAUAGGUACCGUGGUGACACAUUUCGCGAUGUGGCUACUCUUUGCUGUAUUCUGGUACAUGACUGCGCUUGCUCAUUACGACUUCGAGCCAAACCCUCCCAAUCGUCCCUGCAUCACCGGUGGCAAUGACUUCGUAACCAUAUUUCUAGCAUCUGUUGAGGCUCAGACGACUAUUGGCUUUGGUGACCGCGCCAUAGACGAAGAGUGUCCUGAGUCUAUAUUCCUAUUCAUAAUGCAGCUCAUAUUAGGCACAGGUUUGUCUGGGGUACUGACGUGUGUAGUAUAUGCAAAAAUAACAAGACCAGAGAAACUGUCUCGAGACGGCGUCGGCUUCAGUAAGAAAGCUGUUAUCAGCAUGCGUGACGGCCAGCUGUGCCUGAUGAUGAGAGCCUGGGACCUCAACUAUGAUCACAUCAUCAGCUCCGAGUUCACUGCCCACUUCGUCAACACCCACAAAACAAAGGAAGGCGAAACGAUACGUUUCUUCGCACAGUCGCUGGCGAUACAACAGCGACAGUUUCUGUUGUGGCCGGUCACACUGGUACAUGUGAUCAACAACACCAGUCCUCUGUAUGGACUCUCACCAGAACAGAUUAACAGCAAUAAUUACGAGAUAACUUUAAGCCUGAAAGGUGCCUCCGCCUCUAUGGGCACGUUCACUCAGAGUCAGACCUCGUACCUGCCCAAAGAGCUGCUCUGGGGACACCGGUUCCUACCUGUUGUCAAGUAUGAUAGUCGCAAAUUGAAAUAUGUGAUAGAUCAUAGUAAGCUGAACAGCACGGAAGCCGUCGACACGCCAUUAUGCAGCGCCAGCCAUCUGGACAGUUUAUUAAAAGAGAAGACAGAACCGGAUAUCCGGGCCAGUAGCCCGAGCAGUUUCAGCGACAGGAUUUCCUCCUUCCAGUUCGAAAAGACUUCAUCAUUCAAGAGGAAAACCAAUAAAUUAUGAAGCCGGGUGUUCAGACACGGCUAUUACACAGCUAGGACUUUUAGUCUGUAAUUUUUUUAUUUGACUGUACUGGACUGGCGGCCUCUUGAU